GCUUUUUGCUCUAUAUAUAUAUACCCAAACAACAAAAUAAAAUAAAAAUGAAAAAGCCUUGCUCCGUCAAUCACUAAUGAUGCCAAUUUUGUCUGGUAUGUGCUGUUUUUUCUAUAGGUGAGGUAGGGGCAUGGCUAUGGGCUCGGUGCAGCAGCAGGGGCGUAGGUGGCAAGGGCAGGAACGUGGUGCAGCAGCAGGGGCGCAGGCGGCAAGGGCAGGAGCGUGGUGCAGCAGUAGGGGCGCAGGCAUGGUAGGUGGUAGGGCAGAGCAAGGCCGGGCGUGCGAGGGGUGAUGGCUUGGGCGUGCAGGGGUAUGAUUGCAGGAUCAAGCGCGCAAAGGGGAAAGUACAGAGCAAGGCCGGGCGCAUGAGGGGGCGUAGGGAGGUAUGAUUGCCGGUGAUGGUUGGGUGUGUGGCUGCCAGCUGGUUUGGGGAGU